GGGAGGCAAAGAUGGAGACAAAGAUCCUUCUUUUCCUUGGGUUAUUGUAUGUUACAUGUUCUUGUGCUUUCCCAGUGGUUCCAGAAAAAGAAAAGGAAGAUAUGCAAUUUGCUAAGAAAUAUCUAGAAAAUUUUUAUGAUUUUAAAGAAGAGAAAAAUGCUUUUUUUAAAUCAAAGAAUCUCAAUCACAUGUCUGACAAAAUCCGAGAAAUGCAGUCAUUCUUUGGGCUAGAGGUGACUGGGAAGCUGAAUCAUAAGACACUGGACAUGAUGAAGCAGCCCAGAUGUGGAAUUCCAGAUGUGCACUCAUACAGCACCUUCCCGCAGAGCCCACGGUGGAGUAAAGAUGAUGUGACAUAUCGGAUUUUGAACUACACUCCAGACAUGCUGCAAGCUGAUGUAGAGGAAGCAAUUGCAAAAGCCUUCCAGCUCUGGAGCAGUGUUACCCCUUUGAGAUUCACCAGGCUCUACAGUGGUCAAGCAGAUAUAAUGAUCUCCUUUGCAUCUGGAUUUCAUGGUGACUUCUAUCCCUUUGAUGGUCCAGGAGGAACUCUGGCUCAUGCCUACCCACCCAACACUGGGAUAGGAGGAGAUGCCCACUUUGAUGAAGAUGAAAACUGGACCAAAUUUACUACCUAUAGUGGGUACAACUUAUUUCUUGUUGCUGCUCAUGAGUUGGGCCACUCACUCGGUCUUGGUCAUUCCAAUGUCUUUGGUGCUUUGAUGUAUCCUAUAUAUAUGGCCAGGGAUACAAGGGACUACAGGCUUUCUCAGGAUGAUAUUGAUGGCAUUCAAGCCCUCUAUGGACCCCCCAGGGAAUCCCUUGAACUUCCAACAAAAGCUUUUCCCCCACAAGAACCAACUGAAAGGACACCUGCAGAAGCACCAACUGAAAUGUUACCGCGGGAAGCACCAACAGAAGUGACACCCUCCAAAGCCCCCAGAAGACCAUAUGACUGUGACCCCCAUUUGACUUUUGAUGCUAUCACCACUCUCCGUGGGGAAACACUGUUCUUCAAAGGCAGCUACAUCUGGCGAAAAAGUCCAUAUUUCUCAGAGAUUGAGCACGACACCAUCUCCUCAUUCUGGCCGUCGCUGGCAGCUGGUUUUGAUGCUGCUUAUGAAGUUGACAAGAAGGAUCGAGUGUUGUUUUUUAAAGGUGACCAGUACUGGGCUGUCAGUGGCUACAGCAUAGAGCCAGGCUUCCCCAGACCAAUUAAGAACCUGGGCUUCUCCACAAGUGUUGGGAAAAUAGAUGCAGCAGUUCAUGAUCAAAAUACCAAGAAAACCUACUUCUUUGUAGGCAACAAGUACUGGAGUUUCAAUGAAAAUACCCAAUCCAUGGAAAGGGGAUAUCCAAGAAAAAUAGCAGCUGACUUCCAAGGAAUUGGCCACACAGUUGAUGCUGCCUUUCAGAAAAAUGGACUUUUCUACUUUUUCCAUGGAUCCAACCAGUAUGAGGUUGACAUCAAGAACAAGAAACUAAUCAGUAUAAUGAAGAGUAACAGCUGGUUUAAUUGCUAGAAAUGUUAGAGGAUGGUGCAGAGCUGUAUUUGUACCAGGAAUGUUUUUUCAUGUUCCUUGGUUAGAAACAGUAGCAUUCAGCUGUUACUGUGCACCUGAGUUUGAAACUAUGGCCUUUGAUUAUUCUAAUUUAAAACCUUUAAAAUGUAAAACUUAAUGUACAGUUUUAAUUUAUUUUGUUUUCCAACUAUUUAUUAAUCAAGUUGUUUUUGAGUAAUAAAGUAUUUUGCUUGAGUAUAG